CUUCUUCCAUCUACCAGCGCUUCUCCUCGGCUUAAAUAGUUUUCUGCCUCGGUUUCGCUUAAUUUUCAUACAGUCAAUGGGUAUACCGUAAUUUCCUUUUCUUUCGAAACCAUGACCCCCCUGCCCUCAUCCUAUCGCCCGCGGAAAAAGAGAAAGUUCCCAUUGUCUUCUUCCGGGUCGAACAACGCCCUCAUUAUAGAUGCUGGGGAUGGUAAACCUUCGCCGGCAUUCCCGUUAGUAUCUUUCUUAUGGGCUUCUCGGGCUGGCGUAUCUCAAUGGCUUAUUCUCCCUCUUAUUUUGAUGGCAGUGGGCCUCUUUCGUUGGGCCGUUAGUCUGUGGGGAUACUCUGGCUUCCAAGUGCCCCCGAUGCAUGGCGAUUUCGAGGCGCAAAGACAUUGGAUGGAAAUAACCAUCCACCUGCCGAUGUCAAAAUGGUAUACAUACGACUUGCAAUACUGGGGACUCGAUUAUCCGCCGUUGACUGCAUACCAUAGCUGGCUGCUGGGAAAGAUUGGCACUCUCUUUGAUCCGUCGUGGUUUGCUCUGGAUGCGUCUCGUGGAUUUGAGGAUCCACAGCUAAAAAUAUUCAUGCGAGCCACGGUGGUAGUAUCCGAGUAUCUUAUUUACAUCCCAGCAGUCGUCACUUUUCUGCGCCGGUACACACAAAUGCAUGGGGUUCCCGUAUGGUCUGCCUCCAUCUCCCUGGCUGCUAUCCUUUUGCAGCCGUCAACCAUCCUCAUUGAUCAUGGCCAUUUCCAAUACAACACUGUGAUGCUGGGGCUUGUUGCUGCAAGUCUGGAUGCAAUUCUGGCAGGACGCAUGCUCUGGGCCUGUAUAUUCUUUGUGGGUGCUUUGGGGUUCAAGCAGAUGGCACUGUACUACGCCCCCGUCAUGUUCGCCUUUCUCCUGGGCAUCUGCCUGUCCCGCCGUAUUCACAUUACCCGUCUUCUUUGCAUUUCUCUGGUCACUAUUGCUUCAUUCGCCGUUCUCAUUUCCCCACUGGUAGUGGCUGCACUUAGUGUUGAUGCCCAAAAUCACCUGUCCUCGAUCCCACUUCCACCUGUGCUGCAGGCGCUACCCAUUGAGCUGGACAAAAACUCAAUUCUUUACGCGCCUUUACUCCAGCUGACACAAAUUAUCCACCGCAUCUUUCCAUUUUCUCGUGGCUUGUUUGAGGACAAGGUCGCCAAUGCAUGGUGCGCCAUCCACACGUUUUACAAGCUCCAUCGAUUUGAGGCGGCUUUGCUUCAACGAGUGUCAUUAGGCGCCACAUUAGCAUCGAUAACGAUUCCUUGCGCUAUAAUCUUUCGUCACCCGCGCGCUUCAUUUCUCCUUCCGGCCUUGUCCACCGUAGCCUGGGGGUUUUUUCUGUUCUCCUUCCAGGUUCACGAAAAGAGUGUUCUACUCCCUUUGUUGCCCAUGACAUUUUUGCUCGCGGGUGAUGCAGGGUUAAGCAAAGAAACUCGCGCAUGGGUGGGAUGGGCCAAUAUGCUAGGCUCUUGGACAAUGUUCCCCCUUCUGCAGCGCGACGGCCUCCGCGUUCCGUACUUCGUCAUGACAUUCCUCUGGGCUUAUCUGCUUGGACUUCCUCCCACCACCUGGGAUGUCUAUCGUAGCCGAACAUCCUCAGAUGACUCCAACCCGCUCCCUGAACCUCACAUCAUCACCAAACUUAUCCAUUCGAUGUUCUAUUUUGCCAUGACCGGAUGGCAUGUGUUGGAGGCCUUCGUCCCGCCUCCGCCUGGAAAGCCGGAUCUCUGGGUGGUGCUCAAUGUCCUCAUUGGCGCUGCCGGUUUCGGGCUUGCGUAUUUGUGGUGCUUGCGGAAGCUGGUUCUGCAGUGGUGGACGAUUGAUCGCAACAUGGAAAAGAAUAUGCAGAAAAAGAACCAAUAAUCCACCCCAGCUCUUUUUUCCUAUGUUCAAACUAGAUCAGGAGGUUAAUUCGAACGAUACCCAUUUUCUUUUCAAGAACUCCAGGCACACUUGCGUUGUGUAUAUUAAUAUUAUCGCGCAGUCUAC